CCUUUACUUUUUUAAUUUUGCUGAAGCAAUAUUACACUAGGCCUUUGUUAAACAACGCCCUCAUAUCACACACAUUGUCUAAACGAAGAUUUACACAAUUGUUGAGGGCAGGUAUAAAUUGAUUUAGCAAUGUUUUCCCUGUUGACAAAGUAAAGCACAUAAAAGCGAGGUUCGUAUGUAAAAAUAUCGAUUUCCGCGAAGGCCGGUAUGGCCUACCCUCAUGAAGUUUUACCAAGCAGACGGGAGUGAAUGUGUUUAUGUAGCGAGUCACUUCGUCAUCCCGCAGUCACGCUACACGCUAUACGUUCAUUCGUCAAAUGUGAUCAACUGUUGUUUUUAUUUACAUUUUAGGAAUGUUUACUUCAAUUCCGGAAUUCGUAACACUCCGUUUAUAGAUGUGUUGUUUUUUAAUACUUCUAUUGUGAGUUAAUUCGAUUUUCGGAAAGUUUUGGAUUUUUUUCAAAACUCUUGUGAGGAACAAUGGCUACUCAUGGAGCCCGUACAACGGGGGUUAACUCUAAACCAGUUUUGGGACGUAAAAAUAGCGUGGAAGGCGACCCCUGGUGUUUAACCUGUGGCGCCAAUCUAAAGGUAGAAGGGGGGACCUUCGUCAAAUUGUCCCGGGUCAAAACUGGUGAUCUGUGUGAUCUCAUGUCCCGUGUGCUGGGGGCGGAGUUCUCUGAUGAGUAUGCCUCGAUCAAUAUGUGCAACAGAUGCGAGAGACAACUGCGGCGUCUCGGCCGAUACAACAGCAUUGUCCUCGCGCGUAACGAGGGGAAAAAACUCCGCGAACAGUUGGAGAGAAACCUGACCAAAUACGGUCAAACUGUUGUCGAAAGUGGCGACAUUCAAGAAGCGCCGGCUAGCUCACCGCCAAAAGUCGCGGGAAAAACAACCGUUUCUUUCGCCGCGAAAACCGUGCGAGGUCCGGAAGGAAUACUGAGAAAACGGCUCGGGGAUAUUUCUAGCAAGACUUCCGGUUCCGGAAAAGUCAGUGUUCAUAACGAGGCUGGGAGGAAUGUUCGGAAAACUCCAGGAGGGAUUUCCGCUUUGUUGAAUAAAAAAGUGUCUCCAGUUAGCCAGGGAGUGGAAGUUGAUGUUAUUCCAGAGGAGAAGUCCCAGAAAUACGUCAAUGGAACUUCAGUAAGCGCGACGUCUGCUGAAAAACCGGCAGUUCCCCAGCGUACAGUCUCCUUUCAGGAUGAGCACGUUUCGAAAUCUGAAGAGGAGACGUUGAUGAGUCACGCUGACGAUGUGGGCGUGAUAGAAGAACCGGAGAUGGAGAACACCAGCGACAAGGCCGCCCUGGUGGAAAGAAGUAAAAAUGACCAGGACAAUAUCCCUCUGGUGGACAAAGAGAAUGAGGAAUACAAGGGAGGCGAUCAGAACGAGGCUGACGUGGAGCCAGAAGACGAUCAGGCUGAGACCGAGCUGUCCAGUGAAGACGUGCCCCAGAAGGAAGUGGUCAGCACAGAGCCCGAGCCAGCUGAGGCGGUGGUCAGCCCACAGGUCAACGACCCAGAGCCGAUAGAAGUCUUGGAGACAGCGGUCAAGGCCAACGGGAUUAUCACAGAGUCCUCCGUACCAUACCAGUACCAACCUACGUCACUAGAGGUACCGAAUGACGUAGAGAGUAAGGAGAACCAAGAUGAUCCACAGCUGUCCCAGGAAGUUCCAGCCUCGACUCCCAAGUCCGAGAAGUCUCCCCUGAUUAGCUCCGACCUGAAGGUCAAGGACGGCAAAGACACCAAGUUCAAGGAUCACCAGCCAGGCUUUUUAUGCUGCACAAUUCUGUAGACUAGCGCUUGCCGCGCAGCUAGCGUUUGAAGACUAGUGCUCGCCGCGCAGCU